AGUUCCGGUUUCCUGCUAAUCAUAGCCACAUGCAUAUAAACUCGCUAAGAGCUAUUUUCCCACUACUGUAUGGAGGAAACAGAGUGUAUAUAACAGGAGAUAAUCGCUACUAAGAUACGGUAAAGUAACAUAGAGUACAACAGAGAUGCAGAGAUAUUUUGACGAGAUUUUUUGAACUUUAGCUUCUUUGCUAGGUGCUGCUUUACUCUAAUGUCUCUCACUAGUUAUGAAUAUUGAUAAAACAGGCUUGAGACAAAUGUAAAGUAAGUCUUUGGCCAAUUCAUGUUAUUUCAGUAGCGGUAAGAACAAAGAAAGUGUGUUAUUAAUGUGUUAUUAUCCCGCUCAAUAUAACUGCAGUGCACCAAGUCACCACUGAGUGGCGCUACUAUCACUGUUUGUACAAUGGACUCAUUUAAGGAAAACAUCAAAGAUCAUCGUUUCUUCGUUGAGGACUCCAUCAGCUCAGGGAGUGAAGAGGAAACAUGUUACAGGAACUAUCAGAAAAACACAAAGAAGCUCAGCAGAGAAAGCUCUCCUCCAAUCAUCCUCGCCUUCUCCAUCACCUCUGGACAGACCCUGCAGGAGGACACCAGCAGUGUCUCCUCUGCUGUUUCAGAGGAGCAGCUAGAGGAGGACAGUGAUCAUCAGCCCAUUGAAGAUUGGAUGAUGCUGGAGGGAGAGGAGCAGAUAGAGGACACACGGAUCCAGCUCAACCUAGACUGCUGGGACAGCUCUGAUGAAGGAGACGGAGAGGAAGAUAUGGCAGACAAGACAGGGAAAUUAGAAAGAGAUCCCUGGGCCAUAUCAGAAAAAGACAAGUUUAAAACUGCUCAAUCUCGGGGAAGUCGCUAUUUCCUGACUGGUCCAACCAUCUGUAACAUCUGCAACAGGACUGGGCAUGUUUCCAAAAAUUGCUACUACCAAAAGCAGAAAAUUCCCACUUGUGUUCUCUGCGGCGUCCAGGGCCACGUCCAAAGAGACUGUCCCAACCGUCCCUGUUCCACCUGCGGACUGCCUUCACACGGCCUUAGCCCCUGCAAAGUGCCUCCAGUGUGGAAGCAGCACUGCCAGCGCUGUGGCUUGAUCGGCCACGUGUCGGAUGCUUGUCCAGAUACAUGGAGACAAUACCAUCUGACAGUCAGCCUUGGGGUCCCUUUCAGACCCAGAACCAUCUGCAGUGGCAAACCUAAGAGUCACUUUGCUCAUUGCUACAACUGCUCAAAAAGGGGACAUUAUGGUCAUGAGUGCGUGAAGAGGAGAAUGAUCAGUGGCACUUUUCCCUCUCUGCCUUAUGUUUGCCACUAUGAUACCCUGGAGGAGAUUCUACAACAAGAACUUCUAAAAGGUGGAUCACUACAUUCUUCACAGCAAGGACAGCUGGCUAAGAAAACAGGGGAUUUAUGCAAAGAUAGAACAUCAGUCCAGGGAAGAAGUAAUACCAAACAGGAUCCAGGAUCCAAUCCUGGAAGGAGGAGGACCUGGCCUGAAAGACGGAGAGAGAGGCGUGAGGUGAAGCGACUGAGGAGGGAGGCCCAGGCCAAGCGCGAAGGAGGACUUCUGGCGAGGCAUUGUUGUACCUCUGAUGAUAGAGAUUGUUCUGCUGACCCCUCUGGAUACAUCCUUCAAAGUCAAAGACAGCCCAAACCCCCUCUCAGAUUGGAGAAGGUUAGAAAAAAGAGCAGGAAGAGCAGAGAGGCAGACAGGUGGAGGAAAAGAGGAGGGAUAAAACGUGGGCAUCUGAAUCCCCAUUGUGACCUUGACAUUGGAAGUGAAAACUUUCUGUCACCAAAGCAGAGAGUUCGUCACAGAAGGAGGUGAAAAAUUAUGUCUAUUUUUAUCCUUUUAAGGGCAUUAAUUUAUUAUUUUUUUAUUUCACUUUAUGUGUAUUUUUUUAAGAAUAAACUGAUGAUAAAUUCCUGA